GUCGGUUCACAAUAGUUUUUUUUUUAUUUUCUUCGCAAUCUCACUUUUCUUUUCCUCUACUCCAAACAAAGAUCUCUCCGAGAAUGGCUUCUGCGGCUGUUGCGUCGAUGGUUCUUGACCCUAAAGCAUCUCCAGCCUUGAUGGAUCUGUCUACGGCCGAUGAAGAAGAUCUCUAUGGCCGCCUGAAAUCGCUUGAACGGCAACUAGAGUUCACCGAUAUCCAAGAGGAAUAUGUGAAAGACGAGCAAAAGAAUCUCAAACGAGAGCUGUUACGGGCUCAAGAGGAGGUCAAACGUAUUCAAUCCGUCCCUCUCGUGAUUGGUCAGUUUAUGGAGAUGGUAGAUCAGAACAACGGUAUCGUCGGAUCUACUACUGGCUCCAAUUACUAUGUCAGAAUUCUCAGCACAAUUAACAGAGAACUUCUCAAGCCUUCUGCUUCCGUCGCUCUCCACCGUCACUCCAACGCCCUUGUUGAUGUAUUGCCCCCCGAGGCUGACUCUAGUAUCUCCCUUCUCAGCCAAUCUGAGAAGCCUGAUGUCUCCUACAAUGAUAUUGGAGGAUGCGACAUUCAGAAACAGGAAAUUCGUGAAGCUGUUGAAUUGCCACUUACCCACCACGAGCUUUACAAACAGAUUGGUAUCGACCCACCACGCGGUGUCUUGCUCUAUGGACCCCCUGGUACUGGAAAGACUAUGUUGGCUAAGGCUGUUGCCAAUCACACAACCGCUGCCUUCAUUAGGGUUGUUGGUUCUGAGUUUGUGCAAAAGUACCUUGGCGAGGGACCUCGUAUGGUUCGUGAUGUCUUCCGUCUUGCCAAGGAAAAUGCUCCAGCUAUCAUCUUCAUUGAUGAGGUAGAUGCCAUAGCUACGGCUAGGUUUGAUGCUCAAACAGGAGCUGAUAGGGAAGUUCAGCGUAUUCUCAUGGAACUUCUUAAUCAGAUGGAUGGAUUUGACCAGACCGUGAAUGUCAAGGUCAUUAUGGCUACCAACAGGGCAGACACUCUAGAUCCUGCUCUCUUACGUCCUGGGAGACUGGAUCGUAAGAUUGAAUUCCCCCUUCCUGAUAGACGUCAAAAGAGGCUUGUUUUCCAGGUAUGCACCUCUAAAAUGAACCUCAGCGAUGAGGUUGACUUGGAAGACUAUGUUUCACGGCCAGAUAAAAUUAGCGCUGCGGAGAUAGCAGCAAUCUGCCAGGAAGCUGGUAUGCAUGCAGUGCGGAAGAACAGAUACGUGAUACUACCUAAGGAUUUUGAGAAGGGGUACCGCGCAAAUGUUAAGAAGCCAGACACGGACUUUGAGUUUUACAAGUGAAGAGAAAGCAGAAAUGUAAUCAAAUUAUGGCUGUUGUUCAAAUUCCAGUGUGUUUUGAAAAUUAUUUAUAGACAUGGAAUCAGAUUUGCAGUUAAAUUAUGAACUUAGUUGCAUCUCUAAUUUGUGGAACUCGAGUUCACAUGGGUUUCUGUUUA